GGGUCCUGGGGCUGGUGGGAGCGGGAUGUGGCAAGAGGUCUCCGCAGCUGGCGAAAGAACACCACGUGGAGGUCGUGACCGCGGACGUUCGCGUCUUGGCGGCCAGCCCGGGUGUUUCUCUCUAGGCCCUUAACGAGCAUUCGGUGUGUGUGGAGGAGGGAUCGCGCCCUCCCUGCGGGCUUUCCCUGAACUGAGGCGGAGGUGGAAGGAGUUGGAGCCGGUCUCUCCUCAGCUUCUGGCCUGGAGUGGGGGAUCGCGCCCCCCGGCGGGAAGCGCUGCUCCAGUGCCGGCUUCCCAGGGAUGUGUGGUCCUGACCUUCUCUCCAGAUGCUGAGGUACCUGUAUUCUUGGCAUAGGCCCAUACUCAGCUGUAGAUGCAGUAGGCUGUGCCUUCUGAAGCAAUAUCUGUUUACAAUGAAGUUACAAUCUCCAGAAUUCCAAUCUCUCUUCACAGAAGGAUUGAAGAAUGUGACAGAAUUAUUUGUCAAAGAGAACCAUGAAUUAAACCAUGAAUUAAGAAUAGCAGGAGGAGCAGUGAGGGAUUUAUUAAAUGGAGUGAAGCCUCAGGAUGUGGAUUUUGCUACCACUGCUACCCCUACACAGAUGAAGGACAUGUUUCAGGCAGCUGGGAUUCGGAUGAUCAACAACAAAGGAGAAAAACAUGGAACGAUCACUGCCAGGCUUCACGAAGAAAAUUUUGAAAUUACUACGCUGCGGAUUGAUGUUGUUACUGAUGGAAGACAUGCCGAGGUAGAAUUCACAACUGACUGGCAGAAAGAUGCUGAACGCAGAGAUCUCACUAUAAAUUCUAUGUUCCUAGGUUUUGAUGGUACCUUAUUUGACUACUUUAAUGGUUAUGAAGAUUUAAAAAAUAAGAAAGUUAGAUUUGUUGGACAUGCUAAACAGAGAAUACAAGAAGAUUAUCUCCGAAUUUUAAGAUACUUCAGGUUUUAUGGGAGAAUUGUAGAUAAACCUGGUGACCAUGAUCCUGAGACUUUGGAAGCAAUUGCAGAAAACGCAAAAGGCUUGGCUGGAAUAUCAGGAGAGAGGAUUUGGGUGGAACUGAAAAAAAUUCUUGUUGGUAACCAUGUAAAUCAUUUGAUUCACCUUAUCUAUGACCUUGAUGUGGCUCCUUAUAUAGGUUUACCUGCUAACGCAAGUUUUGAAGAAUUUAACAAAGUCAGUAAAAAUGUCGAAGGUUUUUCACCAAAGCCAAUGACUCUUUUGGCGUCAUUAUUUAAAGUACAGGAUGAUGUCACAAAAUUGGAUUUGAGGUUGAAGAUUUCAAAAGAAGAGAAAAACCUUGGUUUAUUUUUGGUUAAAAAUAGGAAAGAUUUAAUCAAAGCCACAGACAGUUCCGAACCAUUGAAGCCCUAUCAAGACUUCAUUAUAGAUUCUAGGGAACCUGAUGCGACUCUCCGAGUAUGUGAACUGCUCAAGUACCAGGGAGAACACUGUCUUCUGAAGGACAUGCAGCAGUGGUCUGUUCCUCCAUUUCCUGUGAGCGGCCAUGACAUUAGAAAAGUGGGCAUUUCUUCAGGAAAAGAAAUCGGGGCUCUAUUACAACAGUUGCGAGAACAGUGGAAGAAAAGUGGUUACCAGAUGGAAAAAGAUGAGCUCCUCAGUUACAUCAAGAAACCGUAAACUGCUGAGAGCUGGCUACUAAACAGUUUUUUGGUAAGACUAGCUUUUUUUCUCCCUUCUUUUAGUGAGACUUAAGAAACUCCAGAUGAAUAAAAGCCAGUUUACAAUGACUUUAGAAUGAAAAAUUUUACUUCAGGCACUGAAAUCUCCCUUGCAAGAAAAGUAUAGACUUUUUAAAAAUUUUAGGGCAGUGGAAGUUGUUUAUUGUCUACGAUCAAAAUAAUGGAAUUACUUUGUACAAUGUUUAAGCCUCAGUUCUCUGAAUUCCAAAAUAAAGUUGUGCCUGAAAAGAAAA